AAAAAACAUUGCUAGCUAAGAUAAUUACUAGAAAACCAAAUUGUUGGUGUCAUCUUCCUCCUAAAAUUUUCUCCAUUAAUACUUCACCCUCCUCAUCCGUUCCUGCAAAGAAACCAUAUUGUUCCCCUAUAUAUGCUUUCGUAUAUAGAUUAUUAUGGAUAUAUAGUUUCGUAUAUAGAUUAUUAUGGAUAUAUAGAUAUAUACAAACGCUUUGCGUUUCUCCGUGCAUGAAUUUGUGUUGUUAUAAGUUUAGAAAUUUGGCGUUGGCGAAGAAGUUCUUGAUUUUUAACUUUCUUGGUGGCUCUUGUACAUUUCUCGUGCAAUGUCACCGGAGGACAAUCCGUUAUUGGCGACUUCCGUGGUUGAGGAUGUAAUUGAACAGUACGGGGAAAAUUUGAGCAAUGUUGAUUUGUAUGCCGCCAGAAAAGCUGAAGAAGCUUCAUUGAGAAGAAAUGAAGCUGGUAGGUGGUUAAGAAAGAUUGUAGGAGUUGUGGCUAGUAAAGAUUUACCGGCUGAACCUUCAGAAGAAGAGUUCAGAAAUGGGCUGCGAAGUGGCAUUAUACUUUGCAAUGCUCUUAAUAAAGUACAACCCGGCUCUGUGCAGAAAGUCGUUGAAGCACCACUAGAUUCUGCCAGCAACUCUGAUGGGGCAGCCCUUUCUGCAUACCAAUACUUCGAAAAUGUAAGAAACUUCCUCGUGGCUAUGGAAGAAAUGGGGCUUCCAACAUUUCAAGCUUCUGAUCUCGCGCAUGGUGGAAAGCCAUAUAGAGUUGUUAAUUGCGUACUAGCACUGAAAUCAUAUUGGGAGUGGAAACAAGGUGGCAUUGGCUCUUGGAAACUAAGUGGGAAUUUGAAACCUACAUCAUGUGGAAAGCAAUUUCUUCUGAAGAACUCUCAACCCUUCAUGAAUUCAAUUUCACAUAGCUCAUCAGUCAUUGAAAAGGCUCUCAACAAUGUUAACCUUGAGUGCGACCAUCCUGAGACGGAGCAAUUGGGGUCCUUACAAAUACUAGUCAACAAAGUUCUAGCUGAUAAGAAACCAGAAGAUAUACCACUUAUUGUGGGGAACUUGUUAGGUAAAAUAAUGGAAGAAUUUGAGCAUCGUUUAUCAAGACAUAAUGAAGAGCAGGUGGAAACUGCUACUCAAGAUAUUUCUCUGACGUCUUCUUCUUCGGUUGAAUGUUCAUAUAUAGAUUCAAAGGAUGAAGAUAAAGCAAAUCCAGCACCUUUCGGUGAAGAACAAUUUCACCACAGAGGAGUAAAUAACAUCACACCAAGAAGGUGUGAUGAGAAGCAACACAUGUUAAUCAAACAACAACAAAAUAUACAGGACCUGAAGUGUACCCUUUAUGAUACAAAAAAAGAGUUACAGUGCAUACAAGUCAAAUAUAAUGAUGAAGUAAAUAAUCUAGGUAAACAUUUGCAAGGCCUAGCUCAUGCAGCUUCUGGAUACCAGAAAAUUUUGGAGGAAAAUCGCAAGUUGUACAAUCAAGUGCAAGAUCUUAAAGGAAGUAUACGGGUGUAUUGCCGAGUGCGACCAUUCUUGCCUGGGCAACAAAAUCGUUUUAGCACUUUAGAUCACGUGGAAGAGGGAAGCAUUACAAUAAUAACUCCCUCAAAAUAUGGAAAGGAGGGAAAGAAAACAUUCACUUUCAAUCGUUGUUUUGGUCCAUCUGCAACCCAAGAACAAGUAUUUACAGACACACAACCUCUCAUUCGAUCCGUCCUUGAUGGAUACAAUGUUUGUAUAUUUGCUUAUGGUCAAACUGGAUCAGGAAAGACAUACACAAUGUCUGGACCGGAUGAGGUCACAAAGGAAACUCAAGGUGUCAAUUACAGGGCAUUAGAUGAUCUAUUUCUUAUCUCAGAGCAAAGGAAAAACACAAUAGCUUAUGAAGUCUCUGUUCAGAUGAUCGAAAUUUACAAUGAACAAGUCAGAGAUCUCCUUGCAACUGAUGGCAUCAUUAAAAAAUUAGAAAUUCGUAACAACUCACAUAAGGGUUUAAAUGUACCUGAUGCAAAUAUUGUAUCUGUAUCAUCGACAUCAGAGGUCCUCAAGUUGAUGAACCUAGGGCAGAAGAACCGUGCAGUCGGUGCAACUGCCAUGAACACUCGUAGUAGUCGUUCCCACAGUUGCCUCACAGUUCAUGUUCAGGGGAGAGGACUAACAUCUGGAACAAUACUUCGCGGUUGUUUGCAUAUGGUUGACCUGGCAGGAAGUGAAAGAGCAGAUAAAACUGAAGCAACCGGUGAAAGGUUGAAGGAAGCACAACAUAUAAACAAGUCUCUCUCUGCUUUAGGAGAUGUCAUAUAUGCCCUUGGCCAUAAGAGUUCACAUGUCCCCUAUAGGAAUAGCAAGCUUACUCAGCUCCUGCAAGAUUCUCUCGGAGGGCAAGCCAAGACAUUAAUGUUUGUUCACAUUAGUCCUGAGGCAGAUGCUAUUGGAGAGACACUUAGUACUCUUAAAUUUGCUGAACGUGUUUCUGCUGUUGAGCUUGGUGCAGCACGUGCAAACAAAGAUUCUCCCGAUGUAAAAGAACUCAAAGAACAGAUUGCAAAUUUAAAGGCAGCAUUGGCAAAGAAGGAGGGGAUAAGCUCUAGGUCAAGUAGCCCAGACAGGAAAAUGACGUCUUCUGGGUCAUCACCUUCAAACUAUAGUUUGCAAAGUUUUCGAGACAUGCAAAUCUCUAAUCAAGGGCAGCUUAUAGAGGAUGUUGAUGACAACAUAGAGGUGAGGAAAAGUUCUGAAGCAAUUGGAGGAAGGCAAAUCUUAGAUCUUGAUGACCUUCAUAUGAACUCGCCUCCUUGGCAACCUAGUACAAGCCCUGGAUCAAAUGAAUACGAGAAAGACGCAAUGACUGGUGAAUGGGUUGACAAGGUUAUCGUUAAUAAGAAAAAUAGUAUCAAUAGGGGUUAUUCACUAGGAAGGUUGGAUGAAUGUUAUAAACAACAUUCAACUGAGAUGUUAUUUGAGAAAUUUUCACCUGAUGAUUGUGUGAAGGUGCGCCCUGCGCAACAAAACUUUGUUGCAGUGGAUGAUCCUGACUUUGAUGCUAACAUUAGUGUUUGUUCUUCGGAACAUGACUUUGUUUUCCAAAUGAGUACUUCAAAUGUCUCUGGUGGUAUUAAAAAUGGGAUGGCAUCCAAGUUGAGAAGACCUAGUCCAAAGAGAAUAAAGAGUCCAGAAACUAGGAGUUCAAUACCACCACCAUCGAGGAGACUCUCUACUGGGAUGUUGUUGCAUUCAUCCACAUAUAAAACUAGAAUACAGACCCCAAAUACAAAUGCAAAAAGAAGAGCAUCAAGUGGCAAGUGAGCAAAACAAUCGCUUAGAUGCACGUCAUGAAAUUGAAAAGUGACAUAGAUGGUAGAUGUGAAUUAAUUUGGUGCCUUUUUAAUACUCUUAUACUUUUUAUUUUUUUAGACAUUUUAGAUAAAAAGGAAUGCAAGAUAUUUUAUAGCUACAGUUGUCUAUUAGGUGUAGAUACUACUCAUUAAUGGAGGCCUAAAACAAAGGCAACCAUUCUGGGGGAAAUGAUCACUCAUGAUUAAUUUAUAAGAUGUAUGUUGUAUGAUGUAUGCAAUAUGCAAUUUGUAACAUUGGUGUAGUUUACUAUGCCAAUAUUGAA